UAUAAAAUUGUUGUUAUUUCUAUCGCGCCCGUCAUUUUUCUCAUUGUUUGCAAUCGCAAUCGCCAUCGCGCUCUGCCGAUUUCCGAUUGGAAGAUCCCUAAUUCUUGUUGCGAAACUAAGGAAAGAUAGUUGAAGUUUUUUUUUCUGCUGAUUGAUUUGAGGUCUUCCGUUUCGCGGUGAUGGUAGAUCAGACACCGGCGGAGGACGAGGGCCUUUCUCUUCCCCAGAGGACCGUCAGAGUUAACUCCGGCUGCCCUAGAGGCAUCUCCCUUCCGCCCCCUUCGCCUUCUUCGUGGCUCGAGAUUCGCUUAUUCUAUGUCCGUGUCUACCCCUGCGCCGUCGACGCCGUUCCGCCCCAGGUUACCCUCUCCUACCUCCGUCGCGAUGUGGGCGCCGUCAUCGAGAUCAACAGUGCACGCGUCCCCUCAUCCGAUCCUACCUCUCUUUCCCUCCGUCGCGACCGCCUGGACCAUGACGCUGCUGAAGUAACUUAUGUGAGCACUGAUUCCGUGCGGAUCGCCGAAGCGGUUGAUUUUCAAAUCUGCGAUGAUCGGGGCAACCUACUGCUGCGCGGUUCUCUGGGGAGGACGGAGGCGCUUCUGAACAAUUCAUCCGUCAGUUUCGACCAACAUCAUUCGCCCGAUAAGAAUCCAAACGGAUGGAGCAUGGACUGUUACUCGGCAGCUUCAACUGGAGCUUCUGCUUUCGUGCAGUCCAGACUCGGGAUAUUUCCACCCUCUUUUGAGGUCUAUGUGGCUGGCUGUUUUGCAACGGUGCCGGUGAUCUUGACGCAGACUGUGCAGCUAAGUGGCAGGAGGAAGGCUGUUAGACCUGGAAAUCUUGACUCGAUUCCAGAGGAUGAAGAAACCUCAGGUCAUCAAGAGUUAGUUCUUCGAAGGGCAUCAUCAUCAAUUGAAUACAGGGUGUUGCCCCCGAGGCUAUGGUGCAGCGGUAGGACAUCCAGGUUGUCACCGAAACACCAGCGGUUCGAGCCCCAGCUAUGGCGAAUUUGCAGGAAUUUUUCCUCCAAAUGGGGCACGCAACUAAACGAUGCUGACCUCCUGGGCUGCCCGUUGCGAUCGCUUCCUGGUUUACCCUGGUGGCCGGUGGGAAACUUCCGUGGGGCCGGGCCAGUCACUCCAAGGUCGACGUUACCCAGCCUGGUUAAUCAUUGAAUACGUUUGUGUAAAGAAACGUAAAAGACCAUAGUCAAAUUUAAUUAUGGCCAUGAGAAAAAUUUAAGGAACCCAGUCAUAGCAUAAACGUUUGAAGGACAUUUACUGGACUACUAACCUCGUAGAAUGCCUUUUAGUAUCAUUAGGAAAGAAGAAAGGAAACAGGAAAGAAGAGAGAGAGGGAAGAAAAUUCUUCAUUUCAGAGUCUGUUUACUGCUUCCACACUUCUUGUGUUCAUCAUGCUCAUCAGGUAUGCUAGAAUUAGGAACAUUUACUGAAAAAAUUAGGUGCAUUCGAUUUAUGAAGCGUAAUCCAAACUAGACUUUUAUGAAUCUAACGAUAACCCAUGUAGGUCAUCUUCAAAGCAUUGACCCAAGCUAGUCAUCUAUCCAUUUGAGCAGCCUGAGCCUUGUUUUCUGAGCAGAUUUUUAGAGGCAUUAGAGUAUUUGAUCCUUGGUGUUUCUGUCUUGCAUGUAUAUAUAGUGGUAUCUUCUAGGAGGGAAAAUUUGUCACCAAGUCAUUCUUCCUGUUUGUUUAUUCCCGAGAGCCUAGGAAUAAGUUCUGGAAUAUCGCAAAUUUGACUACUCUUACCUUGGAUUACUCAGACCACCAGUCAGCUGACCAAUAUAGUCGGGGCAUGUUCAGAUAUUGUUUUCUAAGCAGCGUGUACUAAUAGGAAGAUGAUCUUCCCCUCUAAUUCACCUACUGGGUAAAUCCGAAACAUAGCUUAUGCAUACUUAGAAGCCGGCUUCCAAAAUAUUCAUAGUGGGAUUUGAACCUUGGUCCUCUUAGUUCUUCCUCACAGCGUGUACUCUAUUGAUUAUAUUCUACCUAUUCACAUUUGCUUGGAAUUGACCACUAGUUGUAGAUCGUAUUGAGCUUUGGUUAUUUGCUGGUUUUUGUUGUGAACAUAUUUUUCCUGCCAGAUUUCUGCAGCUUAAUAGGGGGGCCUUGACGCAGAUUGACUUGGCACCCCCCUUCAGCUAAGUUUCCUUUGACGGGUAGGCAAAGGAUUAACAAGGGAGAAAAAGAUGGACGAGAAUUUAUACUUUAUUUUCCUUCACAUUAGUCAUUUGUUGGUGCAUCUUCCUU